GCCCCGGUUCCUCCCCCAGCCCUGGCUGAGCCAGGCAGAGCGCUGCCCGGGGAGGUGGCGUGUGGCUCUGCUACAGCUCCUUCCCCCUCCCUCGCCUCUGCCUGCCACCGCUCCCCUCCCCAAAAACCCGACAGGGGAUAAUGCCUCCUGAAUACAUGAUGAAGUGAGUAGUCAGGCUGGGCUCCGCCGCUGCUGCUGGGAGUGAGUGAGCGUGUGAGUCUGUGCAUUGAGGCAUCUCUGCACUGCAGCCUCCUCCUACAUCCAGCCAGAGAGAAAGAGAAAGGCACGGAGGGAAGGCGGCUUGUUGCAGCGCGAGGCGCCGGCCCCUGGCAAGAAGCAAAUCCCUCGCAGCCGCCCGCGGCAGGACUGUAGCAGCCCCCGAGCGAGGCAGCAGGCAGCGGCGCCAUGCUGAAUAACCUGACGGACUGCGAGGACGGCGAUGGGGGGGCAAGUCAAGGCGAUGGCAAUCCCAAGGAGAGCAGUCCCUUCAUCAACAGCACAGACCUGGAGAAGGGCAAAGAAUACGAUGGCAAGAACAUGGCCCUCUUCGAGGAGGAGAUGGACACCAGCCCGAUGGUCUCGUCCCUGCUGAGCGGGCUGGCCAACUACACCAACCUGCCGCAGGGCAGCCGGGAGCACGAGGAGGCCGAGAACAAUGAUGGGGGCAAGAAGAAGCCGGUUCAGGCUCCACGGAUGGGCACUUUCAUGGGCGUCUACCUGCCCUGUCUCCAGAACAUCUUCGGGGUCAUCCUGUUCCUGCGCCUCACCUGGGUGGUGGGGAUUGCCGGCAUCAUGGAGUCCUUCUGCAUGGUCUUCCUCUGCUGCUCCUGCACGAUGCUGACAGCCAUUUCCAUGAGUGCGAUUGCCACCAACGGCGUGGUGCCAGCGGGCGGCUCCUAUUACAUGAUCUCACGCUCCCUGGGACCUGAGUUCGGUGGGGCCGUGGGGCUCUGCUUCUACCUGGGCACCACCUUUGCCGGCGCCAUGUACAUCCUAGGCACCAUUGAAAUCCUUCUGGCCUACAUCUUCCCACCCAUGGCCAUCUUCAAGGCCGAGGAUGCCAGCGGGGAGGCGGCAGCGAUGCUCAACAACAUGCGCGUCUAUGGCACCUGCGUCCUGACCUGCAUGGCCACCGUGGUGUUCGUGGGUGUCAAGUACGUCAACAAGUUUGCCCUGGUCUUCCUGGGCUGCGUCAUCCUCUCCAUCCUUGCCAUCUAUGCCGGUGUCAUCAAGUCAGCCUUUGACCCACCGAGCUUCCCGAUCUGCCUGCUGGGCAACAGGACCCUCUCGCGCCACGGAUUCGACCUCUGCACCAAGGUGGUCGUGGAGGGCAACGAGACGGUGGGCUCCAAGCUCUGGGAGCUCUUCUGCACCUCCCGCUUUCUCAACGCCACCUGCGACGAGUAUUUCACCAUGAACAACGUGACCGAGAUUGAGGGCAUCCCUGGUGCUGCCAGCGGCCUCAUCCAAGAGAACCUCUGGAGCUCCUACCUGACCAAGGGUGUGAUUGUGGAGAAGCGGGGGCUGCCCUCCGUGAGCCCCCCUGACACGCCAGUGGACAUGGACCAGCCCUACGUCUUCAGCGACAUGACCUCCUACUUCACCCUGCUCGUGGGCAUCUACUUCCCCUCGGUCACAGGCAUCAUGGCUGGCUCCAACCGCUCCGGGGACCUGCGAGAUGCGCAGAAGUCCAUCCCCACAGGCACCAUCCUGGCCAUCGCCACCACCUCUGCGGUCUACAUCAGCUCCGUCGUGCUCUUUGGGGCGUGCAUCGAGGGUGUCGUCCUGCGCGACAAGUUUGGUGAAGCUGUCAAUGGGAACCUGGUGGUUGGCACGCUGGCAUGGCCGUCCCCAUGGGUCAUUGUCAUCGGCUCCUUCUUCUCCACAUGUGGGGCUGGGCUGCAGAGCCUCACCGGAGCCCCCCGCCUCCUGCAAGCCAUUUCCAGGGAUGGGAUUGUGCCCUUCCUCAGGGUCUUCGGCCAUGGCAAAGCCAACGGGGAGCCCACAUGGGCUCUGCUGCUCACCGCCUGCAUCUGUGAGAUCGGGAUCCUGAUCGCUUCCCUGGACGAGGUGGCUCCUAUCCUGUCCAUGUUUUUCCUCAUGUGCUACAUGUUCGUCAACCUGGCCUGCGCGGUGCAGACGCUGCUGCGGACACCCAACUGGCGGCCACGCUUCCGCUACUACCACUGGACCCUCUCUUUCCUGGGCAUGAGCCUGUGCCUGGCGCUGAUGUUCAUCUGCUCCUGGUACUACGCGCUGGUCGCCAUGCUGAUCGCUGGCCUCAUUUACAAAUACAUCGAGUACCGCGGGGCGGAGAAGGAGUGGGGUGACGGGAUCCGGGGGCUGUCGCUGAGCGCUGCCCGCUACGCCCUGCUGCGGCUGGAGGAAGGGCCCCCCCACACCAAGAACUGGAGGCCCCAGCUGCUGGUUCUGGUCCGUGUGGAUCAGGAGCAGAACGUGGUGCACCCACAGCUCCUGUCCUUCACUUCACAGCUCAAAGCAGGCAAGGGCCUCACCAUUGUGGCCUCUGUGCUGGAAGGGACCUUCCUGGACAACCACCCGCAGGCGCAGAGAGCGGAGGAGUCCAUCCGCCGCCUGAUGGAAGCGGAGAAGGUGAAGGGCUUCUGCCAAGUGGUGAUCUCCUCCAACCUGCGGGACGGCAUGUCGCACCUCAUCCAGUCCAGCGGGCUGGGCGGGCUGCAGCACAACACGGUGCUGGUGGGCUGGCCCCGCAGCUGGCGCCAGAAGGAGGACCACCAGACCUGGAGGAACUUCAUCGAGCUGGUGCGAGAGACCACGGCCGGGCACCUGGCCCUGCUGGUGGCCAAGAACGUCGCCAUGUUCCCGGGCAACCAGGAGCGCUUCUCGGAGGGCCACAUCGACGUCUGGUGGAUUGUCCAUGACGGCGGGAUGCUCAUGCUGCUGCCCUUCCUCCUGCGGCACCACAAGGUCUGGCGCAAGUGCAAGAUGCGUAUCUUCACGGUGGCACAGAUGGAUGACAACAGCAUCCAGAUGAAGAAGGACCUGACGACAUUCCUGUACCACCUGCGCAUCACAGCGGAGGUGGAGGUGGUGGAGAUGCAUGAGAGCGACAUCUCUGCCUACACCUAUGAGAAGACGCUGGUGAUGGAGCAGCGCUCCCAGAUCCUCAAGCAAAUGCACCUCACCAAGAACGAGCGGGAGCGGGAGAUCCAGAGCAUCACGGACGAGUCUCGCGGCUCCAUCCGACGCAAGAACCCAGCCAACACACGCCUGCGCCUGAGUGUCCCCGAGGAGCAGGUGGGCGACAGUGAGGAGAAGCCGGAGGAGGAGGUCCAGCUCAUCCACGACAAAAACGCCACCACCUUCUCCAGCAGCUCCCAGUCCCCUGCUGAUGAGGCAGAGACGGCCCCUGAGAAAGUGCAUCUCACCUGGACCAAGGAGAAGACCGUGGCCGAGAAGAAUAAGAGCAAGAGCCCCGUCAGCCCUGAGGGCAUCAAGGACUUCUUCAAUAUGAAGCCAGAGUGGGAGAACCUGAACCAGUCCAACGUGAGGAGGAUGCACACAGCUGUGAAGCUCAAUGAAGUGAUCGUCAAAAAGUCCCAGGAUGCCAAACUGGUCCUGCUGAACAUGCCAGGGCCGCCCCGCAACCGGAAAGGGGAUGAAAACUACAUGGAGUUUCUGGAGGUGCUGACAGAGCACCUGGACCGAGUGCUUCUGGUGCGUGGUGGGGGUCGGGAAGUCAUCACCAUCUACUCCUGAAAUACCGCGCAAGAGAGGUUUGUCCACACCCCAAGAGCCCCGCCACCCCCUGCACCGCGCUCCUGGAGGGGAGGAGGGAAGGCCUGAUGGCAGCCGGUGCGCAAAAACUUCACCUGGCUUUAGCCGUGCCCUUGAUCUCUCCAUUCGAACUGCAGCACCAGAUCUUCCGGGAGCAUCCAGCACCAGAGCAGCUGUUCCUCAUUGCAACGUCACAGCACUGCUGUCCUUGUUUAUAUAUAAAUAUAUACAGUGUACCGCGGACUGAGCACCGGAGCCCAGCGCUGCCGCCACCGCCGGCCCCAGCAGGGCCAGCCCCUGCUGCCAGCCCCCACGCUGCUCCUCACAGCCCCCCCAGCCGGGCAGGAGGGCAGCUGUGCCGAGAUGGGCUCCAGGGCCCUCCUGUGCUGCUACCCCCCUGCGGAGCUUGGCUGGAUGUGCCUGUGCCCUGUGACUGCCCGAUGCCUGACGCUCACGCCCUGCCUCUCUGUGGAGGUGCUGGGAGAAGAGAGAGGCCACCAGCAUGCUUUCCUCGCCGGAUGCUCCUCUCCCCACCUCUGGCAGUGCCCGCUGGCCCUGGGAGGGCUGGGGCCCCUGACUGUGCUGGGCCUGGAGAGCCCCAACCGCUGCUGCCCAUCUGGAGGCCAUGGGCCAUGCUCAUGGAGAGGCACUCGAGAUGGUUUGGAGGGGGCAGAGGGUGGGGGGCAGCCGAGGGGGUCGGGAUGCCUGAGAGCUGCAAUCCCACUGCAGCAUGAGCUCUGGCCUGGGGUGGGUGGCGAUGAUCCUUGUCCCCCUCCCCGCUGACUCUGUCUCCUUCUGCCCUGGCUCUUGUGCUGCAGUCACUGCCUGGAGCCACAGUGUCUGCAGUGGAGCAGAUGCCCCACUGUGCACGGCGUCAGUCGGAGCCGCUCGGGACUGCGAGGAUGCCACCAACCCCAGGCACCUGUGCCUGCUCGUGGCCUGAGCACAGAACUCGUGCCACACUGAGGGCUCUGGGGGCUGUCUGGACCCCACACUGACCAGCCCACAGGUCCCCCAUGUCCCGCUGCGUCUGCAGGGCUUCACCCUAGCCCCUAACCCUGGCCCCAGGCAGGCACAGGUGCUGCCGUGGGGCUCUAGGAAGCUUGGGAUUUGCGGGUAGUUUUUAAUAUAUGCAAAGUCUGUUUGACUGGUCUCAGCCCUGCUGCGGCAGCUUUUGCUGGGCCCUGCAGCAUGGAGGUGGCUGUGGGGGCCCUGUGCCCCCCUGGCACUCGCGGCUGCGCUCCUGCUCCCCAGCGCCACGCUGGUGCUGGGGCAGUGCCGGGGGCAGAACCCAGAGCCCCUGGAGCCGCUGGCCAGGGUGGCAUGGUCCGGAGCCCGUCCCCUCCCGCCGCAGCCCUGCAGCAGGCAGCAGGAUGCGGUGGGACGGCGUGGGACACCCCUCAAACAUGUCCUACCUUCGGCGGCAGCAGCUGCAGAGCCACCCCCGUCCCCCACAGCAUCUCUCAUGCCAGAGAAACUGAGGAGCUUUUAACAAAUGUGAAUGGUUCCAGGAACCACGCAGGAAGCGGUGCCGGGGGCAGCCAUGGCGUGCCGUCAUCCGGCCCCAUGUACAUAGUGUACAUAAUACAGUACGUGUAUUUUUAAAGUGAUCAUAUUUAUGUUAAUAGAACCAGAUGAAGUCUAUAUAUAGAGAUCUAUAUCUAUACUGAGAGAUGCAGGGCUAUGCUAGCACCAGGCUGUGGGGACGGAGGUGUGACAGGCUGCUCCUGCAUGAAAAGGGCGCCCAUCCACCGGCACCGAGUGCCCUGGGGUGGUGGUGAAGGCUGUCGCCUUCCCCAGCCACCAGCAGCCCCUGGGAACGGGCCAGGUUGCGAGUUCAUUCUCUUCUCGAUUUAGCUUCUUAAGAGUUUCAGGGAAAAGAAAUUACAGACUUUUCUGAACUUGUUUCACAGCAGAUUUGAGCUUCCACUCGAAGUGCAGCCUGCUAAGAGUUGCCCUCUCCUGGCAGUGCUGGCUGCUUUGUGUCAGCCUGGCCCUGCACAGCAGCACGUUGUCCCCUCCACGCGUGGUGGACAGUGAGGGUGACCCGGCCAGAGCUGAGCCCAGCGCUGGAGCUCUCCUCCUCCGUCCCCUCCAGACGGCCCCAUCGCCUCCCCUCGCCCCGCGGCACCGUGCAGCCCGCAGCGUCCUGGCUGGCAGGGAGGGCGCAGGUCCUGUGCAGCGACCCCCUGGGCGGCUGGGCAGCAGUUGGCACCUGCUCCAGCCCCGCGGCCCUGGCAGCCAGCCCCGUGCUCGCCCACCCGUCCUACAGGCUGGGGCCAGCUGCAGCCCCCAGCUCCAGCCUCCCGGAGGGCAGGAAGCUCCCUCUGCACAGGACAACUCUGUCCCCUCUUCCUCUGCAGAGCUUCUCUACUCCUCCAGUUCCAGGCCAAAGCUAUAUGGGGCUGCUUGGAUAGAAGAAGUUUUGGUUCAUUCGUGCUCUUUUUUUGGCUUUUUUUUUUUUUUUUUUUUUUUUUUUUUUGCUUUAAGAGACUACUUGGACACACUCCCAGACCAAAACCAAGCCCCAGCUGCACAUCUGUGCCUGUUUAUACCUUGCUCCUACAUUUCCAUCACUCCCAAAGUGCCUCCCUUCUCUCCAGCAGCAGCCCCAGCCCCAGCCAGGCUUUCUGCCAUGGUAGCUCAGCUAGCUGCACAGAUGCAGCAGGCUGCAUCACAGACUGGUGUGGAAGAUAGAUAAUGCCAAGAGACUGGUUCCCUGCUGCCAGGGGAGCCCAGCAUUUGCAGAAGAGGAAAGUCAGGCUGAGACGCAGUCUCAGCACAAAGGCUCUGGGCUGAUGAGCAGAACAGACACACCGAGCAGUGCUCCUGGUCCUGCCACUGCCUCUGCCACUCGCUCAGAGCUUCUACAAGAGCAGGGGGCAUCCACAGGUAAAAGGUUCCUUUUGCCUGGGGCAAGGGCAAUCCCAUGGGAAACAGGCUUUGCCAGGCUCUGCCCCUAUACCACCAUGCACAAGCUCAUGUGCUGUUUUCAGCCUCCCCAAAGUAUUUGAAGCACUUCUGCAGUACCAGAGGAGGCAUGCACACCGACCUGCCCACUCAUCUCAUGUGCUAGCACCGCGCUUGUUUGGCCUACAAUGCUUGCCAACGGCUCUGCCCCUGCGGAAGACGCCGCCCCUCCGCAGUCACCCUCUGGUCACAGCCGGGCUUUGCCCCCCAGCCCUGCGUGGCCGCCCAGCAACGAGCCUCAGCCAGCUCCCGCACACGGAGGCACCAGCGAGAGCCCGAGCGCAGAGGGGUUAUGGCAGCAGCAGCCAGCGGCAGGAGCAUCAGGGCCAGGCAGAGCUCUUCCUUUGGCUGCACCCGCGGGUUAUCAGGGAAGAAAUUCUCUGCUGAGCAGCGGUGACGCCAGGCCAGUGUGCUGCUUGGCAGGCGGGUUUGCUUCUUCGCUUCCCGGCAGCACCAAACGGGUCCCGCUCCCCUCUGCACUGUUUCAACCUCCCUUGGUAAAGCUGCAGUCCUGGCUCCUCCAGGGAGCCAAAAGGCGAGCUGUUUCCAUCAGUCCCACUGAAACAAAGCAUUUCCCUUCCUCAUCCUCCAGCAAGAACAGGGCACAGCUCUUGGCACAGCCUGGGCUGCCUCAAUCCCCUGCCAGGCAGCACUCGCUGCGGCAGGAAAGGUGCUGGUUUCCACGGUGAGUUCUCACUUGCCUUUGGUCUGGAGAGGGCCAGUUUUAGCAGACAGCACUGCAUGUUAGUUUACAAACCCAGCCCUGCACGUUUGGCCUCUGUGAGUGUUCAGUUUCCCCAAGGAGCAUCCUUCUGCUGUUCGCCAUGGUGCAGACGAUGUCCAUGGCAGGAGCGUGAGCUCCCUGUCGGCACACGCGCAAGCACGAGGUGGUUUCUGCCCCGGGGGGCCCCGCACCCCCAGGCUGCCCCAGGCAGCCACUGUACGGGGCCGCAGCGAGGUGCAGGGGGGGGUCGGGACCCUCCUCUGUAGCAGGACUGAAACCGAGCAGAAGGCCCGGCAGGUCUGAGAGUUGCUGGUUACAACACUUUCUGUGCUACAUGUGCAAUAUAUUUGUUAUGAAUGUUAUCACCCAGUCAGUUCAUUCAAUAAUCUUUUAAUCACUGUAGCUAGAUGUUCUGCGUCCAUUCAAGUGACUUUUAUUCGAGUGCAAUAUUUCAAUAGACAUGUAGUGACCUAGUAUGCUUUGUGUUUUAGAGAAUCUGUGUGCAGAGCAAUGCAAUUAAGUUUAAAACCUUGUAAAUAAAACAGGUUGCAAACCAAAAAAGAAAAAAGAAGAAAAAAAAAAAGAGUAUUAGGCUUGCAUUUAAUUUCUGUGACUGUUUCAGUAUUGUGCGUUAGGCCGCCUCAGUACAGACCCUGUGUUCUCUGUGCAGGUAUUAAUGGAGGAGUGGCUCCUCAGCUGUUGAAUGCUCCCUGUUAAUGCUUUACUGCUUUACCUGUAUUCAUUUUUCUAGACUCCUGUCUGCACAAAAUGCAAUAAAUGAUUUUAUUACACCCUUCA